CGCCUGCGCUGGGAGACGGCGCCCGGCCGGACGACACUCCCCACCGGCCAUGGCUGCGGAGAGGUGUCUGCUGGCUGCUGCGCUGCUGCUGGCCGUUGCGCUGGCCGGCGCCGGCCCCGUGGCCGCACCUCAGCCGACCGACACGGUCGGCAGCAGCGGCGCUGGCUCGGAGCAGGACAAAAACGGACGCCAGGCAGCAGCCGGAAGCGGCGCCGACGACGCCGGAACGGGUUCCAGUGACACACAAACUCAGCUCGGAACCGGUCAGGCCCAGACAGAUCAAGCGGAGGCCAAGUUCUACGAUCUGAACGGGACGACCCGCGUCUUCUUCAACUACGGCGUGACGCUGACGGCCCUCAUCUACGGCCUGAUGGGCGUCAGCUACUUCUACGGCCCCUACUCCAAGGAGGCGCUAGCGGCGAGGCGGCGCGCCGAGCAGCGCAUUCAGCACCUGAAGCUGAAGCUCGGCAAGGACGACGUCGGGGAGGUCGACUACGGCUACUUUACCGAGGAGGCGGCGGCCGGCGACGGCGGCUACGCGGGGGAGGACUACGGCUACGACCGGGUCGGAGAGGGCGCGCCGCCGCCGGCCUCGUGGACGGAUGACGGCCGCUAUCCAGCUGGUGAUGGCCCGCAGCGGAGCUGGCGGCGUUAACCGGCGCGGUGAGCCGGCCGACGCCCCCCUCCGGCUGCGCGGGGGUCCUGGAGGCCCGGCCCGGCUCAGCGGCAACGGCAUCGCUCCGUCGGUGGUCAACGUGCUGGACAUGCAGAGCGUCGAGUGCCGCACCUGGAUCGACUGCCUGGAAAACAAGGCACAGCGCGCCCAGCAGCGGUCAGACACGGAAGGGCCGGAGCCUGAGGACGCGUGUGACCAAUUCUUCUUCACGUGUCCGACGGAGGCCAGGAGCCUGGGCGAGCUGGCGGACGGGCACGAGGCUUACACCGGCUGAGCGCGCCGCGCCGCCUGCCACAGCGCUGGUCACAGGCGCUGUCCGCCUGCCACAGCGCUGGUCACAGGCGCUGUCCACCUGCCAGUUGAAGUGACGCAAGGAGCUGAGGCUGUUGCAUGCUAGCCAUGGGAUUCGUUUUCUUCAGCCGAGCUGCCAGCAAAUGCUGAAUGCAUUGCAUUCGAUAUGUGCUGUAGUGUGUUUGUGCUAGACAGCGAGCAGCGGGAUAUGCGUUGUAGUGUGUUUGUGCUAGACAGCGGGCUGCGGGAUACGUGUUGUAGUGUGUUUGGGCUAGACAGGGGGCUGCCGUGGUCCAACAGCACAUCGAGUUUAGUGAACGCUGUCUGCUUAAUUCGGAUGCGAUUCACCGGGGCUGCCUAUCACGAUCACGAAAGUGGAAAAUGCUUAAGUGGAGAUAUGGAACAGCAUAAAGUUCCUUUGUUGAUUUAUGAGCAUUACUUUUUUGUUUGGAAAUUUCGUAGUAUCGCGGCUGAGCGCAUGAACCCGAUGAUGCGCCAUUUUGUUCUGCAUACAUAGUGUUGCGUGUUUUGUCAAUAUGUUACGGGCAUAGUUCGUUAUGGAUUAAUUUAUUCUUGUUUUUGGAUUGUGGUGCCCUAUCGCCGAUGGAAAUACAUUACUGAUAGAUUC